AUGAUUAUACCGCCUUCCACGGUUGUGGUGGCAAGAGGAUCGGAUGCCAGUGGGUCUCAAAAUAUAGCACCUAACCCACUGGGUUUUAAUGUCUGCCCUUGGGAGGUGAUGUAUCCUCUUGGUCGAGUGCCUUCGGAGUACCCAGCGGGUGGCCUGGGACGUGGUUUUACGCAAAGUGAAAAGUGGUUGCGAGAAUUGUUGGUGUCGUAUGGUAUGCCUCAUCAUUGGAGCUAUGCCAUACCCAACAGAUUUGUUUCUGCUGCAAGUCACCCAUCAUCAUGGCGAUCACUUUUCCGUUCUUCUCUGGAGUACGGCUUUCGAUUGCCGUUGCCUGCCUGGUUGUGUGCGGUAAUGCGGCGCAGUAAACUUUCAAUUGAUUCUAUUAGUCCUUGUUUUUGGACUUUAAUAGCUUGCUUUACCCUGUCAUGCCGUCGAGCUGGGGUUCCACCAUCCCCUGAGUUAUUUUAUGCUUGUUUUUUCUUUCGUCAUGAUCGAGUGGCUUGGGAACUGCACAAACGCAAGUCAUCCAAUAGCAUUUGCACUUCACUUAGCCAUCUGAAGGGGUCGUGGGAGACGGAGUUCUUUUAUUUUCUUGCCCCGCCUAGUGAGUUUACCUCCGGAGGUAUCACGGUUCCAGCUGACUGGAGUGAAGGUGUUACAGGUGGAUUUCAGGAUCCCGUGAUUGAGGGAGAAAUUGCUUUACAACAUGCUCGGAUUCUCCGGGAGAGACCCAUUGAUAUAAGUACUCCUGGUGCUCGAGCAAGCUUGUUUCUUGCUGUUUAUGGUAAAGAUUACUCUCACUUUCAGAGGUGUAUGAAGAAUAGGGAAGUGCCAGCAGUGCCUCACUCGUAUGCCGGGGUGUCAAUUCGUGAGAGACCAGAUAAUCCCCCGCGUGGACGGUCGAGAGUUCGUCAUGAUCAGACGAAGAGAACUCGUUCCUGGGUGAGAGGAUCAGGAGAUUCACCUACUGGGAAGGGUCGCUCUGAGGGGAGAGCCAGAGAUGCCAAAGGAAAAACCCCAGUGGGCGGUAGGGGAACCCUGAAGCAUCAGGGGGAGUCUUCAAGAGCCAGCAAAAGCGGAAUUUUGGCUGGUGGUGUCAUAACGUAUGACAGCUUGUGUGAUGCGGGGAAACACUACCCCGUCUUAGAAGAUGUAGCCACAGGAUCGAAUUUUGCUUCUUCCAUUUCAGAGGUGCUGAUAACGAUGUAA